UUCGUCCACUAGAUUAUACGUCACACUAGCAGCGUCGCCUGAAAGACCGCACAUCGCCAACUGCAGACACGCGUGCCGACGCAGUUGAGGACAAAGUUAUGUUUUUCCAAACAAAUCGUUUUAAAUGUUUUAUUAUUAAAUAAUAAUAUUACAUUGAGACUAUCAGAUAGAUGCAUGUGUUGAUUAGUGCAGAUCUUAAUCAGUGAGAAUCAAACUUUACAUCAACUUGACAUCUGCAUUUAAGGAAGUUUCUGAUUAAUUCAGUCAAAUUUUCAGAUAAUGAUAAAUAAGCAGCGACGUCACAAUACAUGUAGAUGUAUAUAAUGAACAGACAAGGUCUAUACUGCUCCUACAUGGUGUAAGAAUACAUCAUGUAGAUGUAUAUAAUGAACAGACUAGGUCUAUACUGCUCCUACAUGGUGUAACAAUACAGACUAGGUCUAUACUGCUCCUACAUGGUGUAACAAUACAUAAUGUAGCUGUAUAAAUGAACAGACGAGGUCUGGUGUGGGGCUUUAAGGCAAUGCUGUUAGUGUGACGUAUAAUUUAGUGGACGGAACGCUUCUUUCAACAGCAGCAACAGUCAGCCACCUCGGUAGCUUGCUAGCCAAAAUAGCCGAACCAAUAAAUGUCUUUAGACGCUUUCGUGUAUAUUAGCAACUGUGUAUUAAUCCCACUUCUGUCGUCUAGUUAGUUAUCCGUUUUCAUUUCAUAUUUACGGUGUUGUUGUUGUUAGUCAGCUAGCGGGCUGGUUAAGUUAGCAUUAGCCUAGCUAGCUAACAUCUCCGACCAUGAGCUCACUAAGCCACUCUCCUAUUAAAGAAGAGGUCUGCUGGACGGAGAAAGAGGGUCUUUGGCUCAACGUUGUUGUGAAAGAAGAGGAGGAGGAAGAGGAUGUCUCAGUAAAACAAGUAGAGGGUGAGGCUGUUACAAUGAAAGAAGAAGAGAAAGACGUUUCAGUGAAAGAAGAGGAAGAUGCGUUCAGAGUGAAAGAGGAGGAGGGGGAGACUGUCACAUCCAAAAAGGAGGAAACUGGAAUUCUGGGCCCGGUUUCUCAAACGCAUCUUAAGGCAUCCAACGAUAAACUUAGCGGUAAGAUGGUUUUGAGAAACCGUUCCCUGAUUAACACUAGAGAGAGACGUGACCAUUGUGGAUCCUCUGGGGAGCCUCAACAACCUCAUGAUGCUGACGAGGCAGAGAAGAGUCACUCCAGAUCAGAACACCUCAAGAAACACCUGCAGAGAUCCACAGGGAAGAGUACUCACCACUGCUCUGACUAUGGGAAGAGAUUCACCUCAUCAGGCAUUCAAAUUCAUCAGACAAUCCACACAGGAGAGAAAUCUUUUAGCUGUACUCAAUGCGGGAUGAGUUUUACUCGGUCAACCAGCCUGAUAUCACACCAGAGAACACACACAGGAGAAAAACCUUAUAGCUGUGAUCAAUGUGGAAAGAGUUUCACUACAUCUAGCUAUCUGAUUGUACACCAGAGAACACACACAGGAGAGAAACCUUAUAGCUGUGGUCAAUGUGGGAAGAGUUUUGGUCAAUCUAGCUAUCUGACAGUGCACCAGAGAAUACACACAGGAGAGAAACCUUAUAGCUGUGAUCAAUGUGGGAAGAGAUUUACUGAUUCUAGCAAUCUGACCCUACACCAGAGAACACACACAGGAGAGAAACCUUAUAGCUGUGGUCAAUGUGGGAAGAGUUUUGGUCAAUCUAGCGAUCUGACAGUGCACCAGAGAACACACACAGGAGAGAAACCCUAUAGCUGUGAACAAUGUGGGAAGAGUUUUACUGCAUCUAGCAAUCUGACUCUACACCAGAGAACACACACAGGAGAGAAACCCUAUAGCUGUGAUCAAUGUGGGAAGAGUUUUGGUCAAUCUAGCGAUCUGACAGUGCACCAGAGAACACACACAGGAGAGAAACCAUUUAGCUGUGAUCGAUGUGGGAAGAGUUUUGGUCGAUCUGGGCAGCUGACUCGACACCAGAGAACACACACAGGAGAGAAAUCUCAUAGCUGUGACCAGAGAUAAUCUGAUAAAAGAUCUCUGAUCAAACAUCAGAAAAUACAUACAUGAAGGAGUUGUUUCAUGAUAUCAAUGAAUUAACGUCACAUUGUAGAAUGUUUUAACAUUGUAGCAGGAGUAUUUUAAUAAUGUCACAAUGUAGAAGCCUAAACAUUUGCCCCCUUAUCAAUUGAAUUCAGCAUGAUAUGGAUAUUAGCCUCGGAGAAAAUCCAGGCUCUGAAAUGGAAGAGUACUAUUUAUGUGAUUUAACAAAAAUGUACUAACAAAAAAAGAGUUGUUACACUUAUCACGUUGGUGACCCACUUGAAUCAAAAUGCAACACUUCAAAAUGUAGCUAGCUGUUUUCUACAAAUUGUCCUCUAACCGGUGAUGUACACAUUGUUCCCAGAUUCCGUGUGGUUUUUGAGCUGUUCGUUUUUACAGGACGUGCAACCUCAUCUCCCUGCUGUCACACAAAUCAUUUUAUCAUGAUAUCGAUGAGUGAAGACAAAUAAGUGUUGCAUUCCUUUGUUUAGCAACCCCUACAUUUAAAUGCAUCACUCCAAAUUGUAGCUGACUGUCUUCUGCAGGUUGUCCUCUAACCAGUGAGGUGAAAGAUAUCUCCCAUUUCCAUUUGUUUUUUUAGUUGUGUUCGUUUCAACAUCAUGUACAACCUGAUUUCCCCCUAAUCGAUAUCAGUGAUUUAUUGCUACUUGUCAAAACAACAACGUUUUUGGUGCUUGUGCAGUUUAUAAGCUGCUUGUUUAAAAAUAUAUAUAUAUAUAUAUGAUUAUUGUGGCAGAUGUAAAUAGCACAUGUUAUGUUUAGGUUUUCAAUUUAUCCCAAACUGUUUCUUCAUAUUGUUUAUUGAUUUGGGCACAUUAAAACUGUGUUUUGACAUUGGGGCUAUCCCACCUAGCAAAAUGUAAUUGAAAAGAUGUUGAAAAUAGGACUAUGCAAUCAAAUAUUUAAUAUUUACAAUUCAUGUAACAUUUAGUAAUCAUAAUUAUUUAUUCAACCAACUGACAAUUUUUUUUGUACAGUUAUAUUGACAUUGUUAUCCUGCUUUUAUAAUAUCAGGGUUCAUUCUCAGAUGUGCCAAACCAAAUGUACUAGAGCGUGGCAUUGGGGACUGGGCCCCGAUCCAACAACAUGCCUAUUGAGUGAACCCUGAAAAGAGAGGGAAGCUCCGCAGUGAGGUGGAAAGUUACUAUGGAUAUUGCAGGAGUUUUCUCUUGAAAUCAGACAUGUCUGUGGUAAGGACCACUUGGUUGCUGAUUGUCUCAAGGGUGGGCUGUUAAAAAUAUUUGUGUUUUGCGUUUAGCCAGUAAAUUGCCAUGGAUCACAAUUUAUUUUGACUGGACGUUUUUCCUAUUGGAGAUGAGUUUUGUUUGGGCUCGUUCCAAGGGGACGAGAGUUCUAGAAGCUAGUGAGUUUUAGGAAGACAAUUCUAGAAGCUAGUGGAGUUUUAGGAAGAAGAAAGUUCUAGAAGCUAGUGAGUUUUAGGAAGACGACAGUUGUAGAAGCUAGUGGAGUUUUUCCCCCAAAAUGUAUUAUUUAGAAAUACGUGUUUUUUCUUGUUUUUAGUUGUUGACAGCCAGUAGACACCAUGUUUAUAUUGGUGAAGGUGAAGCAUUGUAGUUGAUUUAUAAUGUAAAAUGUAAGUUGUUUUCUGUUGGUGGUGAGCAAACUUGUCCAACAAGAAUUUAGGAUAUAUUUGUUGUCUUAAGGUGUUACAGUCUUAGGUUUUUCGAUUUAUGUUUUGAGGUUGGACUUUAGCACGUAUAGCUCGUUAGCACGUAUAGCUCGUUAGCACGUAUAGCUCGUAUAGCUCGUUAGCACGUAUAGCUCGUUAGCACGUAUAGCUCGUUAGCACGUAUAGCUCGUUAGCACGUAUAGCUCGUUAGCACGUAUAGCUCGUUAGCACGUAUAGCUCGUUAGCACGUAAGUUGCAUUAGGUCUGGAUGCACAGAAGUCAGAAUGUGCUGCAUUAGGUUUAGAUCUGCCAUGAUGGGCAUUGUGUUUGGAAUUUGAGUAUGGGGUGAAUGAGUGGGGAAAAAUACAUUUGACACAAAUUACCUUCAUAAUAUCAAAUAACAAUUGUGUGUGCCUGAGGGGAAAUUAACUUUCAUACAGCCAAAAGGGGUGAGAAAUUACACCAAUAUCAGUGGACAAUUUGCACUAAUGUAAAUAAACAUUGAUGAUGGAACACAUUCCCCUUUGCUGACGUGAUGAACAGGGGACAUAAAUAUGAACAGGGGACAUAAAUAUUUACCAUCUAAACCAUGUGUGACCUCUCACCUCUCUGGCUCAGCCUUCCUUCCUCAACAGCUCUCUGACUGAGCUCCACCCUCACUGGGUCUUCAGAGGAGUGAUUCUUGUGUAUUCUCCUGUCUCUUUUACAUAGCAAGUGUAAAAUAAACAGACAAGACAAGUAGACACGCAGUGCAUUAUGGUCGUUGUAGUUUAAAAAUAGCAUCUAAUUUUGCCAUUCUGUUUGUGGGGUUGUUUGAGAAGAACGUGAUUGAUAAUGAGCUUUUCAAUAAAGCGUUUCACAUUCUCUACUGGUUGAAAUGAAGUGUAAUGUGAUGAAAUUCUCCACCUAUCCUGUGUUUACCAGAUCAAUGCAGAUAAAGGGCAUUAGAUAUUGAGAUGAACCAGUGUUAGAGUAUUUCCCUGAUGCAUAGGAAGUGUAGUGUUCUGUUUUUAACAUUACAUUUCUGUAUAUAUGAAUUAACUAGUUAAAUCCUGUUUAUAGUCUAUUAGUUACAAUGUGUAACCAUUGAUGUCCCAGGACCAAGAUUGGUAAACACUGUUAAAGUGUAUAAUUGUAAUACAUACCUGCAGACACAGUGUCAUUCAAAGACUGGAAUUUGAUACUCCUGGUAUUGGAUAUGACUGAAAAAUAAUCUCAAAGACAUUCAUAUCUGAACAGCACCUUUAUUUGCCAAGGUAGAGUACAUGAUCAGUGAAUAUAUGAAAUGUACAGGCUACAAUGUAGGGAUCUCAUGCAUGGUAAUAAAUACAUGUAUAUACGACUUA